AUGGAGAAGCUCGACUGUAUUCUGGAAUCUCAUGUCGCCAAGGGCAGCGAGACGCCAGGCAAAGACAAACUGCUGGGCGCAGCCUUCGUGGUCGUGAACAAAGAUGGUGUCAUCUACGAGGGCUCGGCAGGACGAAACCUCUCGUCUGCAGACUCGCCGCCGUUCACGCCCGACUCCUUCUGCUGGGUCGCAUCCAUGACCAAGCUCGCCACGGCGGCUUGUGCCAUGAGGCUUGUCGAGAGGGGUCUGGUCGGGCUCGACGACGACGUGAGACCUCUGGUCCCGCAGCUGGCAGAGGUCAAGAUCCUGAGGGGUUUCGUCGGGAACGAUGUGCCUUUUCUAGAAGAGAACUCCACCCCGAUUACGAUGCGCCAAUUACUCCUCCACACUGCAGGUUUUGCAUACGGCAACGGAGACCCAGACCUAGCCAGGUGGGCAAAACACAUCGGACGCCGCCACGAUGAUCUCCAGGGGACAGUGGAGAUCUGGAACACGCCCCUGAAAUUCACACCGGGCCAGGGCUGGUGCUACGGCAGCAGCAUCGACUGGGCAGGCCAGGUGAUGGAGAGGCUCACGGGCAAGAGGCUCGAUGAGUGCAUGGCCGAGGAGAUCUUUCGGCCGCUGGGCAUGAACGACACCACGUUCCGGAGGGCAUUGUUGCUCCCACGGAUUGAGGGCCGGAGUGUGCCGACUGCGAACCGGAACAAAGCAUCGGGAGAGCUCACGACGGGAGCGCAUUUCAUGCCUGCCGACCCGGAGGUGGACAGUGGCGGUGGUGGGCUGCAUACGACGGCUGCAGACUAUGCCAAGCUGCUGCAGGCCCUACUCAAAGCUUCUUCGUCAUCGUCGUCGUCGUCCUCGUCCUCGUUGGCUGGGCCAGACGACAGCGGGCUGUUGUUGAUGAAAAAGGAGACGGUGGACGAGAUGUUCAGGCCACAGCUGACAGACAAGGAGCGGCGCUGGCUUGAGUUCAUCACAGGCCGGUUUCACGAUGGAAUGACCCCGGAUUUUGAACCAGGGACACCGCUGGACCACGGCCUCAGCGGAGUUAUAAAUAUGGCAGACUCCGCCGGCAAGAGGAGGAAGGGGAGCAUGAUGUGGGCCGGGAUGUGCAACGCCCACUGGUUCAUCGAUCGUGAGUCAGGCAUCGGGGCUACCUUGAUGACCAACGUGCUGCCCCAGCCCGAUCCGGUUGUUGUUAGGGUGUGGGAUGAGCUGGAGCGGGCUCUGUACAGUGCCCUGCCUGUACACUCACUCUUCUAUUGGGCAAAAUGA